CAUCAUUGUUCCUCGGUCCUCUUCCGCAUUAAAUAUGCUGAAUCGGCCAUUUUGAAAAGUAGUCGUAAGUAUAAAAGCGGUAAAAAGCAUAGGCGACUAGUAGAGUGCGACUAGUAGAAUAGCCGAGACGUCAAAAAACGUGACAAUCCCGACACUUUUGUGAAGUUGGAAGAAAGAUUGCAGCGAUACUAAUUUCGAAGGACAGUCCGCCGCAUAAUGUCCCUGUAUACCGCAAUUGUGGCACCNUCUCCCGCUCGCCGUCGCAUCUCCACUUUUCCUCUCAUUACCUCCCUGCCCCGUUGUUCCUUUCUGCCUGCACAAACAGGUUGAACUCCUUCCGCACGCAGCGCCACUCCUUCAAACAAUUCCGUCAAUGCAGCCAACGUUCUGAUGCGCUGAAUUCGGGCUUGAUUCCGCAGCACUGGAUCAGGAAUUCCUUCGAUUCCGUAGUCAACGAUCUCGGACUCUUCAAUUCUCAGUCGGUUGCCCAGUAGAUCAUGGAUACAAUUAGAGGUGAAUACACAAAAAGUCGACAGACUCCAUUACAACAAUUUUAUGCAGACCAAACUAUUCUUAUUACAGGGACUACUGGAUUUAUCGGAGCAGUCUUACUUGAAAAAUUGCUGAGGAGUUGUACCAAUAUUUGCAAAAUUUAUCUGUUAAUACGUCCGAAGAAAGAUCAAAAUAUCGAAAGUAGACUGAACGAAUUAAUUGAAAAUCGAUUAUUCGAUCGAGUAAAGAAAGAAGUUCCAAAUUUUCGACAUAAAAUUGUGCCGAUUUUCGGUGAUCUUUAUAACGAAAACUUAGGGUUGUCUGAACAUGACAGGAACAUCUUAAUUCGUGAAGUAUCUAUAAUCUUUCAUGUGGCGGCGACAGUACGUUUCACUGAGAAAGUACAUAAAAUAAUUAUAUUAAACGUCGUUAGUACCAAGGAAAUUUUAACACUUGCAAAACAGAUGCCAAAGUUACAAGCAUUUCUAUACACAUCCACUAUAUAUUCAACCACUUACAUGAAACAUAUUGAUGAACGUUUCUACACAUGUCCGAUAGAUCCCGAUUAUCUGAUCGAAUUGUCACGUAAUUUGUCUGAAAAGGAAUUCAGUGAAAGAAUAUAUCAAAUUAUGGCUGAAACAAACAUCCAAUGGGUGAAUAAUUAUACAUUCUCGAAAGCCGUUGCAGAAGAGCUUCUUUCUAAAGAAAGCAAAAAUAUACCACUUGGGAUAUUUCGACCUUCUAUAGUCGUACCUAUCGCUGACGAACCAAUCGCCGGAUGGACCAACUCCUUUGGUGGACCAAUGCUAAUUACAACAUAUCUUCAGUCCGGUAUCAUGAGAGUUGUAUGGUGUAAUGGCGACGUACAAGCACAGAUAGUACCCGUUGAUAAAACUGUAAAUGCUUUAAUCGCAAGUGCAUGGGACGUUUAUAAUCAAUUUAGGUUAUGCAGAAACAAUUCCAACACGAGAAUCUAUAACUGUAUUACAUCUGAUAAUGGACCGAAUUGGCGUGAAUUUCUUACCACCAUAGUAACAUUAAAAACUGUAUAUCCCGUAAAUCAUACACUAUGGGAACCAAUGGUUAUUAUAAAAUCCCCAAAAAUUAUAUACGAUAUUUAUAUUUUGUUUUAUCACUUAUUUCCUGGAGUGUUUAUGGACAUUGCAAGAGUGAUCACAGGUCAUCAACCAAGAAUACUAAAAAUGUAUAAGAGAAUCCAUAAAAUAAUGAAAGAAAACAGUCCUUUCAUCCUUAAUGAAUGGAUUUAUAAUAACCACAACGUUCAUACAAUGUGGAAUCGCUUAAGUACGCAGGAUCAACAAUUGUUUAAUUUUAACAUGAAAAAAUUUGAUUGGGAAACCUAUUUUCUCAAUUAUUGCAAAGGCAAACGUUUGUAUUUACUAAAUCAAAAUAAUAGCAGUUUAAAAAGGGCUCUCACUAGACGUAAAAGAUUUUAUUAUAUGCAUCUACUACUGAAAGCCUUCAUCAUGAUGUUAUAUUUUGCUGCUUUUUGGAAACUAUAUUCAUUAAUAACUAAAUAAUUUGUCUAUACGUACUGUGCGUUUGUGGCACUUGAUCUCUUGUUCCACGAUCAUCUGCAAUCACUAGUCAACUGGUUCACAGUACAUAUCGCAUUAUAGCAAUAUAUCGAAGACCUGUAAGAUAAGUAUAUUCCUGCUAAAAUUUUGUGUGUAUGUGUUUAAACAUUAAAUAUAGUAAAUAAAAGUAAAUAAAAAAAAAAUUAAUAAAUA